AUCGAGAAAUGCAUCAUGGGAAAAGAGACCAACGCUUGUCUGUUGUUGCUGGGUUAAGCUUUCCUUUAUUCAUGCACUUUUUCGGUGGGAUUAAUGAUAUGCUCACAUAGGAAUUGGCAAGAGACUGUUUGAACUACAAACCUCAUAGUUUGCCUUUUAGGUGCCCGACCCAACACGGCGAUUGUCGCAAAAGUGGUUAAUAAACCAUAGCUACCUAGCUAGGUUCAACUAGCUACUCGGCUAAAUAAGCUAUUCAUAAUGCCGAAUUUUUGCGCGGCCCCGAACUGCACAAGAAAGAGCACCCAAUCCAACUUGGCAUUCUUCAGGUUUCCAAGAGAUCCUGAGAGAUGCCGACUGUGGGUGGAGAAUUGUCGCCGUGCUGACCUGGAAACCAAAACAUCCGACCAGUUGAACAAACAUUAUCGGUUGUGUGCAAAGCACUUUGAACCAGCGAUGAUAUGCAAAACAAGCCCCUACAGGACGGUGUUGAGAGAGACUGCCAUUCCAACCAUAUUCGACUUAACAAGCCACCUGAACAAUCCACACAGCAGACAUCGCAAACGCAUCAAAGAGCUGACAGAAGAGGAUAUUCGAAGAAUCAAAGAGAGAAGACUCGAGUCCUCCAUUGAACAGCUGCACUCUAAAAAGGAUAAAGCGGGUGUGGUGGAGGAGGUGGAGGCCGGGGUGGAGGCCCCCCAACUGACGCCAGAGCAGAGGGAGCAGCAGGAGUACGUCAAGUCCCUGCUGGAGACAGUUCUGCUGAUGGGGAGGCAGAAUAUCCCCCUGCGGAGCUCCAUACACCGCCAGGAGGAGGAAGGGGAGGAGGAGCGCAAGGAGGAAGAAGGGGAGGAAGAGGAGGCGGCGUUCGUCCAGAGUAACUUCCAGGCGCUGCUGGAGGCGCGUCUGAGUUCGGGCGACGAGGUGCUGCGCGGCCGUUUCGAGGGCGCGGCCGUGAACGAGGACUACUGCUCCGCGGAGGAGCAGCAGCGGCUGCUGGAGUUCUGCGCGCGCGGCGUGCAGCGGAACCUCCUGCGGGAGGUGCGGGACGCCUCCUUCUUCUCCCUGGUGACGGACGACGUGGUGGAGUUCCCCGGCGGCGGCGGCGCGCGGCUGCCCGUGUUCCUGCGCUUCGUGGACGCGGCCAGCGCGCUGCGGGAGGAGCUGGUGGAGCUGGUGGCGCUGGAGGCCGACGCGGAGCCGACCGCCAUGGCGGAACGCCUGGAGGCGCUGGUGACGGAACACUGGGGCCUCAGCAUGGAACACUGCCGCGGUCAGGCGCACGCCAGCUCGGGCACCUUCGCCGGACACAUCAAGACGGUGGCCAGCAGACUCUCCGACAAGUACCCCAUGGCCGUGCACACGCCGCAGUCCUCCUGCGCCCUGAACGUCCACCUGGCCAACUGCGUUCCGCUCGCCGCCGUCCGGGCGGUCAUGGCCACGCUGGGGAAGGUCCACUCCUUCCUGCGCUCCACGCCCACGCUGCAGGACGAGAUGGACCGGGUCAUCGGCAUCCUGUUCCAGGGGAGCCCCGAGAAGGCGGAGGGCCUGCGGCAGGCGUGCCGGUGCUGCUGGAGCGACAUGCACAACCUGUUCGAGGUGGCCGUGGAGCUGACGGAGCCGCUGAUGCUCUGCAUGGACAGCCUCUACGAGAACGAAGAGAGCAUGUGCAGCGACAGGGUCACCAGCGACGCCUUCUUCAUCUCCGAGGUGCUGUCCGACUUCGAGUUCGUGGUGACGCUGGUGAUCCUGAAGAACACCCUCUCGUUCACGAGAGCAUUCGGCAAAAACCUGCAAGGCGAGACGUUGGACGUGUUCUUUGCCGCCAACAGCCUGACGGCGGUGUUGCACUCUCUGAACGAGGUGAUGGACAACAUUGAAGUGUACCACGAGUUCUGGUUCGAAGAGGCGGUGAAUCUGGCCGCUACGAUGGGCAUCUCGGCGUGUGUUCCCCGUGUCGUCCUGCUGAAGAAGCCGUCCGCUGACAUCGGGGAGAUGCAGCCGGAGGCGUACUUCAAGGAGUACCUCACCCUUCCCAUCAUGCAAUUCAUCACACAGGAAGUGAAGGACAUCUUCUCCGAGAACCACCUCAAAGCGCUGAAGUGUCUGUCGCUGGUGCCGGCCGUCAUGGGCCAGAUGAAGUUCAACACGUCGGAGGAGAGCCACGCGCACGGUUACCGCGCCGACCUGCCCAACCCGGACACGCUGCCCGCCGAGCUGCACUGCUGGAGGAUCAAGUGGAAGCACCGCGGCAAGGAGGUCCGCCUGCCCGCCACCAUCCACGAGACGCUGCAGCUGUCCGACGUCAAGUUCUUCCCCAACGUCAACGCCUUCCUCAAGGUUCUGUCCACCCUGCCUGUGCUGAGGCUGGAGCAUGGCUCACGCCAGACAGCCCAACAGCGGCUGCAGGCAUACCUGGAGCACACACCUGUGGACUGCAGGUGCCCGAGCAUGGCCCUGCUGCACAUAAACUACCACCUCGUCACCGAUCUGGACCAGAUGGUGGAACAGUACACAAAGCAGCCCUCGGAGGAGGACCACAGUGAAAGUGACACACUCACCUGAACACACACACACCUUACACACUGUGAUCAGGACACAAGACAGAACCAAAGUAUUUAAAGAGAAUGUACAAUGACAGAUGCUUUUGUUUUGAUUAAAAAAAACUUUGAUUAUAAAAAAACUUUUUUGUGUCAGUCAAAGUAAUUGUCAUUUAAUUGAAUAUAUUGGUAACAAUGAGUUGUGACAAUAAAUUACUUGGAAAUGUGCCACGAUUGUAAACAUGUGAGGUGCUUAAUCACUUCAAUUUGAUUUAUGCUCCCGUGGUAAUAGGGGCUAUUUCAAGUAUCUAACCCUGAUAAGUUAACUC